AGCGAUGACAUCAUCCCUCCUCCUCCUCCUGCUGCUGGCAGCUCAGACUGCAGCAGCUGACCCAGUGAACAACACCGGCACUAGUUUUAUUGCAGUUUUUCCUGAAAACAUCGCCUACUAUCACCCCACAAACCCACAGAACCAGAUCUGGGUCACUGCUUUAUACAACGCCACAACGGUCACCGUCAGUCCGACGUCCAGCACCAGUUCACCCCAGCUGAGCGUCAAUCAGUCCCAGAGUUUCGAUCUGGAUCAGGAGCUCAUGAGGAACCUAUCUGUGGAAGCUUUCGGGGUCUCUAACAGCGUAGUGAACAUAACCAGUGACAAACAGAUCGUGGUCCAGGCCUUCAGCAUUAAAAAGAAAAGUGUGCAGACCGCUGUGCUCGUACCCACAGAUAAACUCGGCACCAAGUACUUCAUCCCACCCGUACCUGUGAUCUCCGGGACCACCGAUGACCCGAACGUGAACGUCACUGAGAGAAGUCCGUUCAGGCUCAUCAUCAUCAACCCGACCGAUACAAACACGGUGACGGUUAAAGGAUCAGCUGCCAGCUCUGUGACUCUGCAACCGGGCCAAGUCUCCCAGAGCUGGGUGCCAAACAACCAGGUGCCCAGGUGGGUCGAAGCAGAGAAACCCAUCGCGGUCCUCUUCAGCCAUCCAUGUGCCAUGCAGACCAACUGCACCUGCGGCCUUCUGACGGCCAUGUUGCCCCCAGCCAGGAACCAAACGGUGAGGUUCCCCGUUCCCUCGGUUCUGGCUCAGAACGCCUCGGUGCUCCUGUCGGACGGAGGAUCCCGUGAAGCCAAACCCUUCAAUCCAGACUCUGACUCUGCCGUGGUGCAGUCCUCAGGCACCGCCAUUCUGUACCGACCCGGUCUACUCCUCACCCUUAUCCCAGAGACAGAGUUCGCCAGCUGCUUCUCUAUCUUCACUGUCCCGUCCAAGACAAACUUUGCUAUCAUCGUGGUCCUCAAAGACUCCACCAGCGGGAUUUACGUCGGAAACAGUCUCCUGGACGCUGCGGUGUGGCAGGACCUGAAGGGAACCGAGUACGUCUCGACCAAUUACAGCCUGACCCAAAACACCGUCAUCUGGCACAACUCCUCCAAGAUGGCCGUCUAUGUAGUGGGAUACGAGGGUUCUGAUUGGUUUGGGAACCCGGCGCCUGUCAUCAGUACCACUCCAGAUUACAGAGGCUGUCCUGUGAACGCAGAGCGUCUGACCGUCUACAACACGUCUCAAGGCUGGCGUGAGUCCCUGCAGUCCUGUCAGAACCUGAACCUGGACCUCAUCAGUCUCUCUGAAAGCCGUCUACAGAGACAUGUGUGCCUCAAGCUCCAGCAGGACAGUGAUCAGAAAGUCUGGAUCGGGAUGCGUCGCAGCUCCAAGACCGGGAACUGGUACUGGCUGAGCAGAGCCCCGGUCCGAGACACCAACUGGGGCAGCGGGGAGCCCGGCAGAGUGGACGAGGGCCAGUGUGCCGCCAUGAGCGUGAGAAGCAACUGCACCUGGAGCGACGAGGACUGCUGCUCCGCCUUCCAGUCCGUCUGCUACAAGGAAGCAGACUACCUCGUUAGAAUCAACUAAUCAAUCGACACUAACGAGUUUGAGACGUUUGGUUUGAGUUAGAAAAGAUCCUUUGAUUCAAACAUUUAAGAUUUAGAUUUUUAUUCAAAGUCAAACAUCUGUUCACAGCUAAAUAUAAUAAU